AUGAAGGUCGACAAGAAGGUCAAAGUUGAAUGUUUGGAUGGAGAAGAAGCAUGGCAUCUUUUCAUGCAGCACGCAAAUGAAGAGAUCAUCAAUUCCAAUGUUGUUAUUAAGAAACUAGCAAGGAAAGUUAUGGAGAGGUCGCGCAGUCUACCACUCUGCCCUUUAAAGUCAUUGGUCGAGCCAUGUCGAAUAAGAAGACACCCGAAGAGUGGCGCCACAUGCUUGAAGUUGUUAAUCAAGGUGGACAUCAAGACCGUCACCCGAUAUCGAAGAAUCAUUGUUUCACAACUUAAAGUGGGAAGCGAGCAAGCCCGGAAGGAGACAGAACUAAUAUCUUUCAAAGGUACAAACUUUAACAAGACUCUCCAGAAAUUAUUAAGUGAUCAAAAUAUUGACGAAAAGGGCCAAGUUUCUUGUGCAUCAACUUCUCCAAGAUAUCCUAAUCUCCAGAGUUUAUUUCUUGAAGGAUAUUCUAAAUCUGAUCAUAUGUCCCGGCAGUUCGUUGUAAAUGUUUUCCCCCAUAUGCCAUCUCUCACACACUUGAAUCUAUCUGGGAUACCUAUCACAGGUCUUUCAAAAGAAAUUCGAGUUCUAGUUAAUCUUCGAUACAUCAACAUCAGCAACACAAAAAUUCAAUCACUGCCAUCUGAACUAAAAGAGUUGAAGGAAUUAAAGUACUUCCUUUUCAGAUGUAAAUAUUAUAGAGGCAGAGGUGUUCUUAAGGUUGAUGGAUUAUCUACAUUAUCAAUGUUGCCCAAAUUGCAAGUGCUUGAUCUUUAUGGAAAUACUUGUUUAGAAGCAGAUGACUUGAGGUUAUUGAUGGAGAGGAAUAGGAUUAAAGGAAUCAGUAUGCUUGUGGAAUUAGUUGAGAUUCUUGGACUUCUCAAACAUUUGCCGACUUGGAAAAUAAGGUUGCACAGCAUGCAGAAUAUGCAUACCCUCCAGUUUUGUGACUUGAGUUACAAACAUGAUGAGGGUUUGAUGGAGUUAGGCAUCACUCAAUGUGGCUUUAAGGAGUUGUUGAUAAAUGGCAGUGGGGUCAGUCUAAAGCGUAUCAAUUUGGGUAACAUUGCAAAGCUCAGGCAAAUCAGUUGGCCAGCAAGAACAUUACCUAGUGAAGGCUUACCGAGGUUGACAUCUCUUUACAUUAGUUAUUGUGAUUCUCUGAGGAGUCUUUCAUGGGUUUUGCAUCUCCCAUGCCUUAGGACAUUAAGUGUAAAAAGUUGUUCAGGAAUGGAGGAGUUGAUUGACCCUGCAGAGAUGCAACAAGCUUCAUCAGGCCUUCCUACCUUUCCUAGCCUACAAUCUUUGUCGUUAUCUUUAAUGGCAAAGUUAGUGAGCUUAAGCACAUGUCCAUUGGAUUUUCCUGUUUUGUCUAAACUAACUUUGUUCGAAUGUUCAAAGCUGAAGAAACUUUCUUUCAAGUCAUCCAUUAUUAAUAAUAAAUUCCAACUUGUGGAAGUGGACAAAAAAUGUUGGGAGGAUUUGGAAUGGGAAGACACAACAAUCCGAUCUCAUCUUGCAAGUUUCUCUAAGACAUUAUGA